AUGGGUCUUGCAGAGGCUCUACCGCACUUUCCCGACCUUGUUUCGUUGGAUCUAUCAAAGACCGCAGCUGCAAAGGACAAGGCAGUCCUUUCGACCUUCAGAUACCUCCGAAACCUGCGCGUGCUGAAUCUUCGUGGGAUUGGUAUCAAAGAUGAAGAGUUCUCGGUUGUCGCACAUGCAAUCAGCAGCCGUGUCAGGAGCCUCGAUAUCAGCAACAACCUUCUGACGGACACUAGCGUACGACUUCUUCUUGAACUAUGCCUGAAAGAGAGAGUCGUUGCGUCGCAUUCUUCUCGCGGACCACUGGCACCUGUUCAGAACGCGAACCCGACCGAAGGACCAGAGACCUUCGAGUCUGAAAAUCUCGUGGGCCAUCUUCGUAAGAAGCUCACUGGCGGCUUCAUUGGCAGCCUAAGCAUUGAGGAAACCAGCGAUGUCGGAAUAUCGCACCUGUACCUCUCGAAUAACACAAUAACUGUCGAAGGUAUAUCGGCUUUGCUGCGAUCAAGGCGAUUGCAAGUUCUAGAUGUGGGUAUACUACCCGCUGUAGUGACGCAUCCUUCAACCGUCUCACUGGACCCACCGAAUGAUGACUUGGAGCUACCCGGCGUGUCGAAGCUUACCCCAGUACUUGCCGAGAGUGGUUCGAAACUAAGAUAUCUGAGGAUCAACUACGAGUUGAUCACAGAAGACGCGCCUUUCGAGGCGACCAAUUCGCCACGCGCGGAACUCACCGGGGAUCUUGGUAUCUACAAACCUUCAGAUGCGCAUGAGCUUGAAGCUGUGGAGCCACCGACACCUGAGCUAGACUCCAUCCCAAUAACUGUACACGAGGCUCCUGGGGAUUCGUCAUUUCCCGUGGAGCUUCCGGGUUCGCCUGUAUCGCCUCAAUCCGCUAAGAUUGACAAGUCACACACAGAACGUGCCGACAGUGACAGGCGAGACGCUACAAGCGUUCCCGAGGUAUGCAUCAAUCCGCAGUCACUGCAAAUCAAUCGAGAUCCUGCCUGCGCUCCGGAAGUCAUGCCUGUAGACUCACCAUUGAGUCCUCUUAGCCCACUCGGAAACGACGAAAACUACCAGCCUAGCACACUUGCAAGUGAAUUCGAACGGGUAGAAAGCCUUUCGCCUUCUAUAGAGAUCCGCAGUAGCAGUACACUGGAUGAGCCGAUCCCAAAGGCCAUAACGAGACCACGCGGCAACUCCUUCUACUACAUCGAAGAUAGAAAAGUCCGGCUAGACUUCCGCCAGGCGAGCGAACCUCGAUUACAUCCUGGGAUGCUUCCGAAGCUCCAUACCCUCGUUUUAACUGAUAUACCCACCAUGACUAGCGAUAGGAAAAUUAUUCAUCGGAUUAUCCAGUUCAUCAAGGACGCAGCUGAAGAAGCUUCGAUUGCUAAGCAACGGGCCAGGCACACCUAUGUGCUACCGCCAGGACGUAGGCGUGCCAUCGCAGAAGAAGAGUACGCACGAAACCAGUUUGCCCUUCGGAGAGUAGUACUUGAAAUGGCGGCUCCGCAGUCAGCGCCUAAAAAGAUCUCCAGUAGCUGGCGGGCUUAUCCAACAAAGUCGACUACUGAAGAUGCGGACUCUGAAGCAUUUUGGGAGGCAGCAACGCAUGAUUUCUCCUUCUUCGACGAUGAGGAGUGCGGACAGCCCGGUCGUGAGCCUGGCCGCACUCUGCCCUUGGCAGCUAUGAGCGGAUUAGAGCUUGCGCCUAGCAACCCCGUCUCACCAGUAGACACAAGUAAGGCUGUUCAUGAUACAAUUCCGCUCCUCGAUGUUGUGAGUGAGAUUGGCAAGUUUCGGCGAGAAAGGAAGGCCGCAUACAAUAACUUAGUGGAGAUGGGCGAGGCUGAACCCGAUGUAGAGGGGUACUGGCCUGGGGAUAUUACGGUUCUGAGGAAGCCGGUGAACUCAGAAGCUGGGGAACUCGACUGUUACGGCAACCGGUAUGAAUUGGGUUGGUUCUACCGUUGA